AUGUACCCGAACGGACCGAAGUCCAACCUGCGCGCGAUCGUUUGCGGCGCAUCCGACACCGGAAAGACGAACGCGAUCGCUCGGGAAUCGUGUCGACCCGUGCCUCGGGACGACCUCUGCCUGCACCCGAACGAGAGGAUUCACGCGUUUCUGAGAAGAGCCCUGCGAGAGGAUCGCGAAGAUUCUUCUGGACUCGGAGUUUAUCGACGAGCCGGAUCGAAAUCGGAUCUCGUCGAUCGCAUCGCCGAUAAAGAGAACCAGAUCGGGGACGAUCGGGAUCGGGGACGAUCGGGAUCGGGGACGAUCGGGAUCGGGGAUGCAUUCGGAGAAGAGGAGCAGAACGAAGGCGGCGGGACCGGAGGCCCCCAGAGCGGACUGAACGCGGAGGUCUACCGGAAACUGCGCGAAGGAACGACCGUCAUCAAUCCGGAUGGGGCCCUCUACUUUCGCUGGCUCUCCAUCAUCACCACCGGUGUCCUCUAUAACCUGUGGACGUUGAUCGUCCGGCAGGCGUUACCGGAUCUUCAGAGCCGGUACUUGCUCCUCUGGUUGAUCUCCGACUACACCUGCGAUGCCAUCUUUCUCCUCGACGUCUUCGUUCAGUUUCGGACGGGCUACCUCGAACAAGGACUCAUGGUUUACGACUCCAGAAAACUCGCUCACCAUUACAUUCAUUCCCGUGCCUUCGUCUUGGAUCUCGCCUGCCUCGCCCCUUUCGAUCUCCUUCAACUCUAUUUCGGCUCCUUUCCCAUCCUUCGUUUCCCCCGGUUCCUCAAGUUCUACAGAUCUUAUUCCUAUUACUACUCGGUGGAAUCUCGAACGUGGUACCCGAAUCUGUGGCGCGUCGUGAAUCUCAUCCACAUCCUCUUGCUCCUGGCCCAUUGGUUCGGGUGUUUCUAUUUUCUCCUGUCCGAAGCGGCCGCCUUCAAAGGCCAAUGGGUAUACCCGACUCCAGAAGGGGAUUUCGCCACGCUGACUCGAAAAUACUUGGGAUCCCUCUAUUGGUCCAUGCUGACCUUGACCACGAUCGGGGACCUCCCUGCACCCGACACGGACGAACAGUACUUGUUCACGAUCGUGAGCUACCUCAUUGGCGUUUUUGUGUUUGCUACAAUCGUGGGUCAAGUGGGGAAUGUGAUAACGAACCGAAACGCUAACCGCCUGGAAUUCGAGCGUCUUCUCGACAGCGCCAAGUUGUACAUGCGGCACCAUAAGGUCCCGCGGGAGAUGCAACGGAGAGUGCAGCGAUGGUACGAUUACUCCUGGUCCAGAGGGAGGCUUCAGGGCGGUGGGGAUAUCAACACGGCUCUCGGGAUCCUCCCCGACAAACUCAAGACAGAGCUCGCUCUUCACGUAACGAUAUUCCAAGAGUGCCAACCAGAGUUUUUGCACGACCUGGUUCUGAAGAUGCGCGCAUAUAUUUUCACGCCGGGAGACCUCAUCUGUCGGAAAGGGGAAGUGGCAAGAGAGAUGUUCAUCAUUGCCGACGGCAUCCUCGAAGUUAUCAGUGAGUCCGGGAAGGUGUUGACAACGAUGAGAGCUGGGGACUUCUUUGGCGAGAUCGGAAUCCUCAAUCUCGACGGCUUCAAUAAGAGGACAGCGGAUGUGAGGUCGGUGGGUUACUCGGAACUAUUCAGUCUGUCCCGGGAAGACGUCCUUUCUGCCAUGAAGGACUACCCGGAUGCUAGGAGCAUCUUGCAGACGCUGGGUCGAAAGCGGCUGCUGGAGGCGAAGAGGCAGGCUCAACCAACCAAACCUCAACCAACCGACACCAAGCCGGAUCACAUCUUUGGCACUGGCCUUGGCUCUGACAUUCGUAACGGAGCAUCCCCACCACCACCUCCGCCACCACCUCCUCUUCCUCCUCCUCCCCCUCCACCAUUACCACCACCGCCACUACUACCCCCACCUCCUCCGCCUCCUCUUCCCCCAUCCCCACCGCCUCGAAUCGAACACAGUUGGACUGGGAAAUUAAAGCAGGAUGUGAGGAACUGGACUCAGUCUGUCCUUCGCAGUCCCAAACACAGCUUCAGGAAGACGAGCGGGUGCCCUCCAGGGAAGGAAGAGGAGACGCUGAAUCCCGAGAGACUAGCGACUUUGAUCCAUGAGCGAGAGCAGGUUCAACCGAAGAGAUUCUCAUUGAAAAAACUCACAAAGGCUCGUGAUGAGGGUUCCCAAGUGGACACACCGACCUUGACCAAGUGCAUGGAAGGAUUCCCAUCAUCCGAAGGCCUCCCUCUUCUCUCCCGUAUUCGUAAGCUCCGGGAACCGGACCGGGGAUCCGGGAAACCACCCGAAGAGAUCCUUCAAGUCGUUUCCACCGAAAAGGAUCUCACCAUUCAAAUGAUGGAGCCUUCCGGAAGAACAAAAAUGUCUCAGCUAGACAAUGACGGAGGACCGAAACCCUAUAGCCAUCAGCAUUACCAUCACGGUGUGGAUCCUGCAUGCAACCGUGCCGAGAUGGACAUCUUGGGCAAUACUCACCGGGUCCAGAGCCAAGUGUCCACGUCCAUGAGUCAACCGACGAGCCAAGAUGCCCCAGCCGAGGCUUCGUUGGAAGCCGGAGAUGAUAAAGGGAAAGAACCGAGAAAGGCCUCGUACUCUCGGGACAGCGGAUACAGCAGCGGAAUAGUCCAACCUUUCGAAAAACCUCAACCCCCACGGGCAGAUUACAAGAUUCCCGAAGAAGCCCAACAAGUUUCAUCGUCCAUGGGCUCUUCCUCUUCGGAAAAGGAUUCUGACACUUCGGAGGAAACUCCAGAGCGGAAGAAUCUGAAAAGAGUCCUGAGGACCCUGUCGAAAGAACGCUCGGGGCGAGAAUUGAAAAAGUUGAUGCGCUCGGAGACCUUACAAGGAUACAUGGCAAGGCGGAAGAAUUUGAGGAAGAAUGUCACUUUCCUACGGGAGACCCUGUCCUCGCCACCUGUGGCUGCUGCAGGCCUCACCAGGACGGCGCAAUCGAGUUCCUCGGACGAGGAAGAGUUGGUUAAACUCUUGAAAGGCACUGGCCGCUCCGUGGGACAGAAGGAAGAACUGCCCCAGGACUUCAUGACUCAAACCAUUCUCACCGUCCAGAACGUUGUUAUUUCCAAAAUGGACGCAGUGGUGCAAGAGUACCGGAGAGAGCUCGAAGAACUCCACACCACCCUGAUGACAAAAGAAGCCCUCAUAGCCAAGCUCCAUGGACGCCUUUUGGAGGAGGAGGAUAAGGAGGAUGGGGUGGAGUUGGAGAUGGAGAAGGAGUUGAGCGUGGAGGGACCGGUGAGGCUCCGACGGUCUUUCACAUUGGAUGCCGCCCACCGCCUCCACCCUCUCCGCCAGGUAGGACGCACCUCUUCCUGGGACGUCGCUUCUUCCCGGGGCCGAGACCGAGGCAGACACCUCACGGAGGAGCAGCUUCUGGAGUUAGAGUUUGGCCCUGCCAUCCGUCGCAGUUGUGACGCCAAAGACUUGGCUCUUCGCAUGGAAUCGAGUCCUAAUUCAUCCGCACCUUCCUCAGACUCCGAUGACGAGGGCAAGAGAAGACGGAAGCACAACGACUGGGAACUCCAAAUGUUGAUCCAAAGUAUGGGAGACCGAGAGGCGCAGAAGCUGGAAGAGGAGCUGACUGUCGCACCUGAAGCCCCCACCAGGUUCGUGGAACUCAGUCCGUCGGAAUUGGAAUUACUGCAAAGUAUCAUGAGAGACGAGACCCGGACCCGGAAGCGUGGAAACAGUGAACAGUUCCCAUGGGCGCAUGCUUUUCUGAUGUCCGAGCGAAGACGAGGAAAGGCAGGGAGUGCGAGUUUGUAUCGCAGGAGCUUCACUGAACCACGGCCGCGCGAAGCCGAAGGCCCAAGUCAGGAGCAGGAGAUGCGCCUCAAUCCCGCUCCCGAAAAUCCAAACGUACAAGUACCUGACACGCAGUCAACGAAGAUGUGAAGACGGAAAAGUGACACUCCUCUCAAUCAUACGAACCCAUUCUCCGGGUGAUAUCAUAUUUUAGUCUCUGAUUCCCUCUCUUCAUCUCGCUUCGAAUAAAGGUCAUUUUGUUUUCCAG